CUUUGUCCAACCACAACAAUGACAAUGCUUACACCCAGCUUACACAGCAUUAGCUGAUGCUAUAAUGGCCGAACUUACGGCAUUCUAUUAGCUUUGAAGGGACGGCGUUGAUUCCUGGAGGGUAGCACUGAGAAUUUGUUGCUGCAGACGCCCGUCAUCUGCCUCCUGGACAAGUGGUGCGGCUCGGCUCGCUCGCUCACGAGCCCGGCUCUGAGGAGAUGGCUGCGGAGCGAGCGAACGAGGGAGGGGCUCGCUCCCUUGGUGCCGCGGCGUCCAGACGGACUCGCGCUCAACGAACCGAAGAGAGCAGCUAGCACCACGCACAAAACGAUCACUCCCUUCAUCUCCUUUGACAGAAGUACAGCGUAUGUGGUUUUCUUUAACUAUGUGACGGCUAGUUAUUGGCAGUAUACGGAGACGUGCACGUAGUUUUAUAGAGUAUACGGAGAUGACGCAAUCCGCCUGGGGGUGUGGUAGAGGGCGUGGCACAACUCCGGCGAAAAUGGCGGAUACUACGGCUGUAGUUGACAAAGCUCUGCUGGGCUUUCUGAACGGGAUUUGCAAGCGACAGUUCUUUGGAGAGGAGGACAUUAGCGACGAAUUUCUCAGGGAAGAUGUUCUGGGCGGCAUGGCCGAGGAAGAAUAUGCGGCUUUGCUAAAGCGCUAUGCCUCCAUAUUGAACAGUUUGGCUUCGACUGACAUGGAUUUCAACCAACUCUCUGCAUUCCUCCAGUCACAAAUGAAAAAAAGACAAGUGAACCAAACACUUCGUUUCGUAACGAUAGAAUUACGUAAUCAUUACGUCAUACAGGGAGCACUGACUGAAAGCGAGGCUGCUACGGUCACAAGAUUCUGGAAAAGUCAAAAAACCAAGGUACACGAGCAGCUGGUGAAGAAGAGUGUGUGGGGAGACAGACUCAAGCAGGUUUCCUGGAGAGUGGACGUGAAGACGAAAUCCAGACACAUCGAUCAGAUCAACACACCGACUGGGAUCAUUGAACUGCAGCUUGGGAAGGAAGACAGCGAGAAGCCAGAGGAAGUUGUGAGGUUCGAAGUUGACGAGCGGAAAUUGGGGGAACUCCUCUCUCAAAUACAGGAUAUUGAACAAGCUCUCCAGACACACUCGCAAUCUUAGGGAGAGAUUAUAGCUCUAUACUGCGUUUGUUUUUUGUGCCUUUUGUAAUAGCGUUCAAUGUAUAUUAUAUAGUGCAGAGGCUUAUAAUGAUUAUCUUUAACACAGGAUCUCUGCGCACCAUCUAUUAUACUUAACAAAGGGCCAACGUACACUAUUAUGACACAUUUCUUAUAAUAAUUAUUUAUAUAUAAUACUAGGCGUUAAUGUGAUUUAUACAUCCAUUUCUGCUU